GUUCUCCAAUCCAUCCUCUCUCUCUCUCUCCAUCUUCUUCACACCCCCCCCCGUGACAAUGGUCGGCCACACAGAAUUCCCCUCCCAGAACGGAGGCGCGACCCCUCAGGAUCGCCGCUUCGGCACUCUGGCCGUCCACGCCGGUUCUCCCCACGAUCCCACCACCGGCGCUGUCAUUGCUCCUAUCACUCUCUCCACCACCUUUGCGCAAACCAGCGUCGGAAACCCCGUCGGUCUCUACGAAUACACCCGGAGCUCGAACCCCAACCGCGAUAACUUCGAGCAGGCGAUCGCUGCUCUGGAACACGCCAAAUAUGCCCUGGCCUUUUCCUCCGGCUCCGCAACCACCGCCGUGGUCCUGCAGUCCCUCGCCGCCGGCUCCCACGUCGUCUCCGUCUCCGAUGUCUACGGUGGAACCCACCGGUACUUCACCAAGGUCGCCUCUGCCCACGGUGUCCAUGUGACCUUCUCCCCUUGCAUCGAGGUCGAUGUCGAGCAGUUGAUCCGCCCGAACGAGACCAAGCUGGUCUGGAUCGAGACCCCCUCCAACCCCACGCUCGGCCUGGUCGAUAUCGAGAAGAUCGCCGCGGUGGCUCACAGACAUGGUAUCCUGGUCGUGGUGGACAACACGUUCAUGAGCCCCUACGUCCAGAACCCUCUGGACCACGGUGCCGACAUCGUCGUCCACUCCGUCACCAAGUACAUCAACGGUCACUCGGAUGUCCUCAUGGGUGUGGCUGCCUUCAACUCGGAAAGCCUGAAGGAGCGUCUUACCUUCCUCCAGAACGCCAUCGGCGCCGUCCCCUCCCCCUUCGACUGCUGGCUCGCCCACCGGGGUCUCAAAACCCUCCACCUGCGCGCGCGCGAGGCGACCACGAACGCCACGGCUGUCGCCAAGGCCCUUGAAGCCUCUCCCCACGUUAUCUCCGUCAACUACCCCGGCAUUGACUCUCACCCCCACCGUGCCAUCGCCAUCAAGCAACACCGCCAGGGUAUGGGUGGUGGUAUGCUCAGUUUCCGCAUCAAGGGUGGCCAGGAGGGUGCCCACGAGUUCUGCAAAUACACCAAGAUUUUCACCCUGGCGGAGAGUCUGGGCGGUGUCGAGUCGCUGUGCGAGGUUCCCUCCAGCAUGACCCACGCGGGUAUCCCCAAGGACCAGCGCGAGGCCGCCGGUGUCUUCGACGAUCUCGUCCGCAUGUCCUGCGGUGUGGAGGAUGCGGAGGAUCUCACGGCCGAUGUCCUGCAGGCUCUCGACAAGGCCGUGGCGGCCAGCAAACAGGAGAACGGCACUGCGUAAAUGUUUGAGAACAUUUUGUAUCCGGCAUCAUUGGGACUAUAAUAGACAGAGCGUUCUACGUUAUAGACAUAUGUAACGACGACACAGGGUGCUGGGCGAAAACGUCGGCUCACCCCUUCAUGACACUUCAAAAAUUCAAUCGCAUUUACCCUGAUUCCAUCAAGACUGCAAGUACCUUGCCAAGGACAGCCAGAGAUCAGAGUGAAUUCCCGCAGAUGGUACUAGUAAGCUCAGCACGAUGCCAU